GAUGCUGAAGGAUCAAACUAACCAGAUGGAGCGAAUCAAGAAACGGGUUUGAACGAAUUACUCAUGAAUAAGCGAAGAUAACAGAGCCUCCCCUCCCCUGUUUUUCCUCUGUCCUGCAUGCCCGCCACGUACUGGCGAAGGUUUUCUUCGUUCUCCGGCGGCCACCUGGAUCUCUCGGGAGUCGGUCGAUCUUCCAUGAAUGGCGGCUUACGUAAGCGCCCUGAUCUUUCCAACCUUCAUCUGCACUUCCAUGGUUAUUCCAACCCAACGUCUGUCGGUUACUUCCUCUGCUUUAGCUACGAUCCGAGAUAAGGGAACCAGCUUUCGUCCAUGGCGAUCUCGUCGCUCCUCCAUAACCAAUACCCAUCUUUUUGUUCCUACAGAAGGAGCAAGUUAUCUGCUAAAUCCAUCGCUUGCAGCUCGCUCAAGACCCAAGAUUGUAAACCAGCUGCUCAACGCUCUUCUCUGUCCAGAGACGACAAGCUCUCAUGGAAAGAGGAGCUCAAGAAGGCUUACCAGAGAGAGAUUCCCAAUCUGAAUUGGGACAAACUGGAGGAAUUGGAGGAUGAGUCGUUCCAGAACUUGGUCGACAAGCGAUGCGUGGACAAUGUGAGGAUGCUGAUCGUGGAUUCGGUCCAGAAUGCCAAGGCCGGACACCCCGGGAUGGCGCUCGGGAUGGCCGGGGUUUUGUUCUUGUUGUACCGGCAUGUGAUGAAGUACAAUCCCAAGAAUCCAAAGUGGUUCAACAGGGACAGGUUUGUGUUGAGUGCCGGGCAUGGUUGCUUGCUUCAGUACGUUUGUCUCCAUCUCGCCGGGUUUGAGUCUGUUCAGGUAUGUGAACUUUUCUUUUGCUCAGUUCAGAGGAUGUCAUAUGUUUGCUCUAAUUCUCGAGAACGGAUCGUGCGUAAAGCUGAAUUUAGUUAUUGCUUGCUGGUUAUUCAUUAA